GUAGGCUACGUCGCCCAUCUUAGUCUCUCUCUCCCUUUCCCAACUCCUAUAUCUCCCUGUCUGUCACACACGCGCUCUCUCUCACUCACACAGAGUCCUGUUGACCAAAUGAGCGCUGAUCGUUUCCGCGUCUUUGGAUUUGCGCUUCACGCUGGGGCGUCAGCUGCAGCAGCGGAGCAGCAGUGAAUGGCAUGUUCCACAGCGUCUAGCCCUCUGACCAGCUGCUGUAUGUACAUGCAUGUAGAGGACACGAUCUGAAUCACUAUCGCAGACCAGACUUACAUCCAAAGCGCAUGGACAGACUCUGAACACUGACUUUGUGCUGACAGACUGAGGCUCCACUGGGGGGAAAGGAAGAAAGGAAGACAGGGCGAAAGGAAAGAGAGACCAAGACCCAAGAGAUACACUGACAGACAAGAAGAGAGAUAGCCUCAGUGGUCCCUAACUCUGUAAAGGUAAGGGUAGCAGAGGAGACAUACAAGAGGCAGUGUGUUCAGGAGAGCACAGGCCAUUUGAGCUGUGUUACCCCUUUAGCCCUCUAGUGGGCGCCCUCCUCUCCCAUAUCAGGCCUGGAGGGACGUGGACAUCUGAAAGACUCCUCUCUCUCCCACCUUCCACCACUCCCUCUAAUAAUAAUCUAUUUUCAACAACGUAACACUAAUCAACCCUCAUUGCCAUGGAGAAGACAUACUCCCUCACGGCCCACUACGAUGAGUUCCAGGAGGUCAAGUAUGGUGGUCGCUAUAGCAGUGGCACCCUUAGCAACGGAAUGAGCCUGCACUUGGGUGGGAGCCUGGACCGUAAUGUCGGGCGGGGCCGAGGCAAAGGGGGCGGGGCUAGUGAUCGGAGUCGGGACCUGAGUGGCAUCAACAGCGGACAGGGACUUCCUCGUUGGAGCCGCAGGGAGAUCUGCCUGCUCUCUGCUCUGGUGUUCGCUGCGGGGAUGUGUGUCAUCCUGGGCAGCAUGCUGACACUGAAAUACAUCUCCCUGGACUUCCAGCAGGAGGGGCACUGCAGACAGGACUGCCAGAAGAAACGCUCGUUAGUCCGCGCCGCACGCUUCGUCCAGGCCAACAUCGACCCCACCAUCCAGCCCUGCCAGGACUUCUACAGCUUCGCCUGCGGCGGCUGGCUACGGCGCCACGGCAUCCCAGAGGACAAGCUGAGCUACGGCAUCAUCACCGCCAUCGGAGAGCACAACGAGGAGAAACUACGACGCCUCCUGCUGGAGCCUGUGCACCGGCGCACCAUGGACUCGGCUGAACGCAAGGUGAAAGAGUUCUACCGCUCCUGUGUGAACAUCCAGGAGAUUGACAAGCUGGGGUCGGGGCCCAUGACGGAGGUGAUUGACAGCUGUGGCGGGUGGGACCUGGUUGGAGCGCCCUCUGGUGGUGCGGGGUGGGAGAGCAGUACUGCACCAGCCAGGCCAGACUUUAAUGAGCUGCUCUAUAGGACCCAGGGGGUGUACAGCACUGCUGUCUUCUUCUCUCUCACUGUCAACGUGGACGAUAAGAACUCCUCACGCAACGCUAUCAGGAUUGAUCAGGAGGGGCUCACACUGCCUGAGAGGACUCUGUACCUGGGGCAGGAUGAGGACAGUGUGAAGAUCCUGGCAGCUUACAAGGCCCUGAUGGAGCGUCUGCUAAGCAUGCUGGGAGCUCACAAUGCCACUCAGAAGUCCAAAGAGAUCCUACAGCUGGAAACACGCCUGGCCAACAUCACUGUGUCUGAGUAUGAUGAACAGAGAAAAGACAUCAGCACUAUGUACAACCGCAUCACCCUGAGACAACUACAGCGCAUCGCUCCCAGUCUCCAUUGGAAACGUUUGUUGGACAGAAUCUUCCAUGAUAACUUCUCUGAGGAUGAAGAGAUAGUGGUGUUGGCUACUGACUACAUGGAGAAAGUCUCAGAGAUCAUCAAGACCACCUCCAAAAGGGUUCUCCAUAACUACAUGCUGUGGCGGAUUGUAGCAGCUCUCAGUGAACACCUGUCCACGGCGUUCCGGAGCACCAUCCAUGAGUUUUCCCGGGAGAUUGAUGGUACAGAGCGUCAGCUGGAGCUGGGGAUGCUGUGUCUCACCCAGGCUAACAAACACUUCGGCAUGGCCCUGGGAGCACUCUUCGUCCAGCAGCAUUUCUCCUCUCACAGCAGGGCCAAGGUACAGGAGCUGGUAGAGGACAUAAAGCAUUCACUGGACCUCCGGCUGCAAGAGCUGGACUGGAUGGAUGACGUGACCAAGGAGGCAGCCAGGGCCAAGCUGCAGCAUAUGAUGGUGAUGACAGGCUAUCCAGACUACCUACUCAAACAUGAGCUCAUAGACCAGGAGUAUGGGUUUGAUGUGGAUGAAAAUACCUAUUUCAAAAACAUCCUCAACAGCAUCAAGUUCAACAUCAAGAUGUCUGUCAAGAAGAUCCACAAGCAGGUGGACAAGACUGUGUGGCUCCUUCCCCCUCAGGCCCUCAAUGCCUACUAUCUCCCAAACAAGAACCAAAUGGUAUUCCCCGCUGGAAUCCUUCAGCCCACGCUGUACGACCCUGAGUUUCCACAAUCUCUGAACUAUGGAGGAAUAGGAGCCAUCAUCGGUCAUGAGCUGACACAUGGAUAUGAUGACUGGGUGGGUCGUCACUAUCAGACCAUGCUGCAAGGGGGCCAGUAUGAUCGCUACGGCAACCUGAAGCAGUGGUGGACGGAGGAGUCAUACAAGAAGUUUCAGAAGAAAGCAGAGUGCAUCGUCAAACUCUAUGACAACUUCACUGUCUAUAACCAGAGGGUGAAUGGCCGUCUGACUCUGGGGGAGAAUAUAGCAGACAUGGGAGGCCUUAAACUGUCUUACUUUGCAUAUCAAAAGUGGAUCAGAGAACAUGGUCCAGAAAGACCUCUCCCUGGACUCAAAUACACACAUGAACAACUACUCUUCAUUGCCUUUGCACAGAACUGGUGUAUGAAGAGACGGUCUCAGUCCAUAUACCUGCAGCUACUGACUGACAAGCACGCACCAGAGCAUUACAGGGUGAUUGGCAGCGUGUCCCAGUUUGAUGAGUUUGCCCGAGUGUUCCACUGUCCAAAGGGUUCCCCCAUGCAUCCUGUCAACAAAUGUUCUGUAUGGUGACCCCUCAACACUCACCUCUGAACUCCACCACCCACCAACAACUAGAACUUACCUGUGACCUCAACUAAACUCUCCUAACCAACCUGUCUGAGAUGUUCUGUUCAGUUUCAUCUCAAUCCUAGGACUAUAUUUUUCUCUGAUCACAGAAUUUGCAAGCAAAUAAUGUCAUCACCAGCAGGCAAAACCAUGAUCACUUCACUGUCUACUCAUGUACAUAUCCUGUGCUUGACUUAGUCAGGAGCCCCUCAGAGCGGAGUACCGGCACCUCAAAUGUUCUACUGCUUGAGCACCUGUUCCUCUUAUAGACUAUUAGCUCAAAGUAUUGUGG